CGAAGAUCGCCGUCUGGUGUGUCUGCAGAGCAUUUGGAGUUCUAUAUUGCAGCAGUCAUCUCUUGAGGUUUCAGCAUGUCACAACGUAUUUGUGUCUAGGUUUUGUGCGGUCAUCAGCAGUUAAUAUCGAAUUGAGUGAGGAGCUUAUAUACUCAAUUAAAGGUCUGACAUAGACAUAAACCUUUUGAGUUCUCGGCAAUUUUCGAUAAGUUCAAAAUGUUUACAUCUAAAUAUUUUCUCCUCACAACGGUUUUAUUGGCAACUGUAAUUGCGGAAACAAACUCUCAAUGUCCAUGGCAGCGGGAUAUACCUGAACUACAAACAUCUUGCAUAUGUGCAUAUAACUUGGGACGAGAACUCUCCGUGCAAUGUGAUCAGGUUAAUUUUGCUGUACUAUUGGAUGCUUUAAACACAUAUGCCAAAGAGAAACCCAUAGAUUUACUGUACAUCAAUAAUUCCACAAUUAAUGAAUUGCCAAAUAAUGUUUUCGAAAAUCUAAGCGUGCAUAAUGUUCAAUUAUCCAGUUGUCAGAUUACUAAAAUUAAUGAUGACGCAUUCCGUGGGCAAGAAACGGUAUUGAGAAAUCUCAAUUUGCAGGAUAAUUUGCUGACGGAAGUGCCUAUGCAAGCAAUGAAAUCCCUUAGCAAAUUGAAUUUACUUGAUUUAUCAAAGAAUUCCAUCACAUUUAUACCUAAUGGCGCCUUCUCAAGUUUGAGUAAAUUGUCAACACUCAAGUUAAAUGAUAAUAAUGUUACCUUAGAUGUUGCCGCAUUCGGUGGCCUCGAAGGUUGCCUCAAAAAUCUGAAUCUGAAAGGCACUCGACAGCGGCGUAUUCCUGAAAGUAUACGUGGGCUAAAGAGUCUGGCAUUUUUGGAUCUCUCAUUGAACGGUAUCAAGGAACUGCCUGGAGCUGGAGGCAUACGUACAUUCGAUGGGCUUGAUUCUUUGACAGCAUUAAACUUGGAACGUAAUUUUAUACAAAACGUUGGAGAAACUUCUUUUGCUGGAGUGCGCAAAACUCUAAGUUCGUUGAGUUUAUUGAAUAAUUUAAUGGCCGAGUUCCCCGUUGGCGCCAUACAUGCUCUGAAAGAGUUACGUGUAUUGGACAUAGGUUUCAAUUUAAUCACUUCCUUGCCAGAAGUGGCAUUCCGUGGUAAUCCUGGUAUUACAUUGUUGGCAUUAGAUGGUAAUCCGUUGAGUACAGUACCAGAAAAAGCAUUCAGCCAUUUAAAUUCAACACUUCGUGGUCUCUCACUGGGCGGUCGUUUCUUACAUUGUGAUUGCAAAUUACGUUGGGUUGCCAAAUGGAUUCGUAAUUAUGACUUGCAAGUCACAUCUCGUGAACGUAAUCCACAAUUUUGCGGAACCCCAAGUCGGUUUCGAGAUCGGGGAUUUUAUUCUAUACAACCGGAGGAAUUGACGUGCACGGACCAGGAAAUUAUAUCAAAGAAGCCAAAAGAUGAAGAAGAUGAAUCGGAAUUGCAACAGAGUCCAUCACUCGUAUCGCCCACUAGUACAGCCACAACUACAACCACACACAAUAUUCAAUCCAUGCCGAACGAGAACAAUACGUCAACUGCAACGAGGCCAAAGGAUGAAAUAGCUACUUCUUCGCUAAAUACCACAAGCACUACAAGCACCACAACAACUCCUGCUAAGGAAUUACCAAACAAAACAACACCGAACACAUCGAUUAUACCAACACCACAGACAUCGGCAGUACCACCUAAUACAACAGUCAUUAAUACCAGCACAACAGUGAAGCCUGUUGUACCAGCUAUUGCUGUAAAUCCUGUCACAACCAAUGCAUCAAAUAAUAUUGGAAAUAGCAGCAUACGCAACAACAGCAAACCGUCGUCCAAUUGGCGUCUGAACAGCUCUACGGCAGCGCCAGUGAUAGCAAGUGGCAAACCACACAAACAACAACGUCCACCGUUAGUCUUGGGUUUCCCCACGCAGCGCGACACACGCAUCGAUGAUGCUAAUGAAGUUCAGGUUAAGAAUGCAUUCCGGCAAGAUAACUCCGUUAUAAUACAGUGGGAUUCCGAUACGGCGAACAUACUUGGUUUUCGUGUGGUUUAUCGACUUUUUGGCGAAAAGACAUUUAAGCAAGGUCCACCGCUAGAGUCAAGCGAACGCGAAUUCAAAAUAAAGAAUGUGCCUGCUCAAGAGUGUAUUAUUGUUUGUGUCAUUUCAUUAGAAGAAUUACAUGUUACACCUGAAACGGUACCGUACCAGCAAUGCCGCGAAGUACGCACAGUUGCUUCACAGACGUCAAAUAUGGAUAAAAUAACGAUUGCGGCGAGUGCGGCGAUAUGCGGCACGAUUAUUGUGGCUGUGAUUGUAUUUAUAGCAGCAAGUCGACGUUCACGCAAACUACAAAACACACAACAGAAGACACCUUUGCCGAUUGGCGGUUUACCAGUAAACUGUUGUGGACCAGCAGGUUCACCGGGACCUUUGGGCUCCAUUGCAACUUUAUCAGCAUUUAAUAAUCAUAAGGAAUGGGAUCAAGUAUCUGCAUACAGCGGGCGAUCAAUUCCGCGACCACGAGUUUAUCCUGUGGAAAAUCCAGAUGAUAUGCGAAGUCAUUUCUCUGGCAUGCCUGGUAAAGUGGGAAAAGCGAGAUCAAUUGCCGAUGGUCAAUCCCAACAUAGUUUUUCAAAUAAUUCACAUCGCGGCUACUUAGGCGCUGCCUUUCCAACAAAUUUAAUAAAUUCCCGGCCAGAGCUUCGACAAUCUCGACAGUCCUUGGCAGCCGCAUCGGAGCGUAUGUCUCGCGCGUCAUAUGCUGGGUCCAUGCAUGGUCCUACCAGCAUAGCUUCGAGCACACGACGCUCUCGGCCACGCUCAAGAUCGCGUGAACAACUCAAUGCAGCACAUUUGCAUAAUCAUAGGCCUGGGAGUCGAUAUUCUCAAGCUGGUUCUACGCACACAAUAAAUAACUACUGCGACACAUCGGACAAUUGGACUGACCAUGAUAUGGAUAUUUACAUGGCAAGGAACCCAACCACUCGCAACGGUCUGGUACCGUUAUGAGGGCAGGUUUUAUUCCCCUGAUAUUUCGAUGAUGUAUUAAGUUUAAUGAUAAAUUUUUGUGUCAUGCUUUUGAUUUGACAUCUCUUUGAAUAUGCGGCGAUAUCAUUAAAACGAGUAUAAACAGCCGCAAUGACGAUACGAGUAUGUUGUCCACGAACACGCACAUAACAUAAAACACGGCCAUAUGAAAUAUGACAACAUACAAUAAAAAGAAAUUAAUAUGUUAAUAAAUACAACGAAAAUAUUUGGAUGUUCCUCGACAUAAAUGGCUCCAUGCCCGACUUCCAGUGUGCUGAUAAUAAUCAUUUUAAUCUACGAAUAUAAUAACUAAAUAAAUUCACGCCUAAAUAGAGAAAGAGAGAGGUCUUAGCAUUGUUUGUUUGUAUAUACAUAGGUAUACAGUAUAUAUUCUUAAGGGGAGCUGCUCACAGAAAUUGAACAACGAAGAAUAUUUAAUUUAUUUAAUUUAUUACAAAUAUUAAAUACUUUUAUACUUAUACACAUACAUAUAUACUAAGCGGCAAUAGUUUUUAAAAAGUAUACUUAAUUCAAGUAUAUAAAAUUAAAACAUUACGAUAACAAUUAAUUUACUAGGAUAAAAAACGCAGGGCAAAGGCAAUAACGACAGUACUAGCGUAAGUAUAUUUCAACUAACAUGAUAUUUUUUAUUCUCGUAAAUUCAUACAAAAUCUGUUUGUUUGUAUGUAUGU